CUGCGCGGGCCCGGGCCCGAAGGACUACAAAGCCCAGCAUGCACUGCGCCCCCGGCCGGCCCAGAGAGACUGCGGGGCAUUGUGGGAGCUGUAGUUCCCCAGGAUCCUUGCCUCGCCCUCCGUUUCCCACGCGCGCGGUCUUCUCGUCGGCUCUUCAAAACUCACCCAACAGCUCCGCUCGCGGGGGCCCUGCUUGGGGCAGGCGAUUCGGGAGAGCGACGCCCUCGUCCCCGCGGGUCGCCGGGACGAGCUUUGGAGUUGGCGCGCGCGCCCGCGCUGGGCCGAGCGGGCCGGGGGACGAUGGAGGAAGGGAGCUGGUAGGACUGCGCAGGUGUCGCCGGCUGGGGAGGCGGUCCUGCAGCUGCUCCCCUGGAUCAGAUCAUCAGAGUCUCCGUGUAGUCAUCUUCCUCAGUGAGCAUGGGGAGCAGCAGCAGGAUCGAAUGCAUCUUCUUCAGCGAGUUCCACCCCACUCUGGGCCCCAAAAUCACAUACCAGGUCCCAGAAGACUUCAUUUCUCGGGAGCUGUUUGACACGGUGCAGGUGUAUAUUAUCACCAAACCUGAACUACAGAACAAGCUCAUCACCGUGACGGCCAUGGAGAAGAAGCUGAUUGGCUGCCCAGUGUGCAUUGAGCACAAGAAGUACAGCCGCAAUGCCUUGCUCUUUAACCUGGGAUUUGUCUGUGAUGCCCGUGCCAAGACCUGUGCUCUGGAGCCCAUUGUCAAGAAGCUGGCUGGUUACCUCACCACUCUGGAGCUGGAAAGCAGUUUCAUCUCCACAGAAGAAAGCAAGCAGAAGCUGAUCCCCAUCAUGACCAUCUUACUGGAAGAGUUAAAUGCCACUGGAAAGUGCACCUUGCCAAUCGAUGAGUCGAACACUAUCCACCUGAAGGUGAUUGAGCAGCGGCCUGACCCCCCAAUCGCACAGGAAUAUGACGUGCCUGUCUUCACCAAGGACAAAGAUGACUUCUUCAACUCCCAGUGGGACCUCACCACUCAACAGAUCCUGCCAUACAUUGACGGCUUCCGGCAUAUCCAGAAAAUCUCAGCUGAGGCUGACGUGGAGCUCAACCUGGUGCGGAUUGCCAUCCAGAACCUACUGUACUAUGGUGUGGUGACGUUGGUGUCCAUAUUGCAGUACUCCAACGUGUACUGCCCCACCCCCAAGGUCCAGGACCUGGUGGACGACAAGAUCCUGCAGGAGGAGUGUCUGGCGUACGUCACCAAGCAAGGACACAAGCGUGCCAGUCUGCGAGAUGUCUUCCAGCUGUACUGUGGGCUCAGCCCUGGUACCACUGUGCGUGACCUCAUCUCCCGCUACACCCAACAGCUGCAGCACGUGGAUGAGAGGAAACUAAUCCAGUUCGGACUGAUGAAGAAUCUGAUGCGGAGGCUGCAGAAGUACCCGGUGAAGAUCAUGCAAGAGGAGAGGAGCCACCCAGCCCGUCUCUACACGGGUUGCCACAGCUACGAUGAGAUCUGCUGCAAAACAGGAAUGAGCUACCGAGAACUAGAUGAGCGUCUGGAGAAUGACCCCAACAUCAUUGUCUGCUGGAAGUGAUGCUUCCAGACUGGAGCAGAGAUAUCCCGCCCUCCCCUGGACAGCUGCGCCAAGCUGAGGGGUGGACCUGGCCGAGUCCAGGGAAUUAAGCAGGUGGCAGAGAGUGGUGGGACUUGGGGAUGAAAGCCGAACCCCCACCCCCAAUCCAGGCUUCUGACCUGGUCUUCCAUUGGUGCCCUCAGUUGCGGUUGGAGGUGGAUUUGUUGGUCGGCUUUCACUUGAAGUAACCUGGGCGAGGGGGGUGGAGGGAAGCAGGUAGGGAGAUGUGGCAUCUCUAAAGCCAACUCCCACUGCCAACGUGCGAUCGGAGGUGUGUCAAGGUGAUGGUAGGCUGCAGGAAUCCUGUCCUGACCUCCUGUCUUUGUUAAAGUUGGAGGCCCCAGACUCCCUCUCUUGAGCCCCUUUCCUUAAUGCUCCUUCUUCUUUGUGUCGCAGUAGCCCACUGUCACAGGCAAGAAGUCAAACCUGUUCAGACCAGGAAGCUCUGUAGGUGAGAGGGAUUCUGCAGUGCUGGCAGAUGAGUCUGGUUUCCUUUCCAGUGAAGGGCCUUAGAGAUCCAGUUGGAAACUGGUCAUAGUUAAAGCCAUCAAAAGUAUUUUAGCCCUACCAUUUUUUUCCUCUUCCAUCCAUCUCAGUGUCUAUGGACACUGACUUUCUCCCCUAGCAAAUACUUUUCCCAGAGAUUCUACAGGGAAACUUCCUACCCGACAAGCAUGAAGCUGUGCAGUAAUGUUAAUUGGGUUGAAAUGUAAGCCCUGCCCAUUAGAGUUCCAGUCAGCAGUCAUAGCUGUAGAGUGGCAUUACUGUGACUACUGUCAAACCGGCCUUUGUCAGAGCUGUAGGGUUGCGGGCUUCCAGUUUCUCUUUAUAUCAUUAUGCGCCCAAGAGUUUAACCAGAGCGUGAAAUGACUUUUAAAGGCAUAAAUGUUGUUCUUUGGUUGAAGCUUAAGUUCAAAAUCCAAAGCUCUCUUGGCAGUUGGGGCUGAGUGAUUCAAGCUGUUUAUCAUGAGAUGACAGUGCUGAGAUUUAUUACCAUUUUACUACUCAAGCAUCUUUAAAGAGGAGCGAUAUAUCCUUGGCACUUUGUCAUGGGUUUGACUGUAGUUGUUAAAGAGAAGAAAUGCCUUAAAACAGGGGGCAAAUUUUCCUUUAUUGCACUCUUCUAUCCUCUCAGGAAGUGGACGAGAAUAUUUUUGGUGUCUGGCCCUGUUUUCACUGUUCUGAAAGAGUCUGGUUUGAAAGUCUUUCAACCAUGUCCUCUACCCACAAGGACGGGCUCGAAAGACUCCCUCUACCCCGCCCUGUAGGGACGCUUGAGGAAUGUGGCACCCAACGUUUUGUCGGAUAGUGUAGCCCCUCCAAAAUGUGAGGCUCAGGGCGACCGCCUCAAUUGACUAAACUCUAGGUUGCCUUGAGCCUUGCAUUUUGGAGGGGCUUCACACUUCAACAAAGCAUCGGAUGCCAUAUUGCACACACGCGGGCGCAGGGAAGGGAGUGUUUCAAAGCCCUCCUUGGGGGCAGGGAUCACGUUUACCAAUUCUGUUGUAUUGUCCUCUUCCAAGCAUUGAGUACAGUGCUCUGCACACUGUAAGCACUCAGUUAAAUGUGAUUGACGUUGACUGAUAGGGAAGGGAUGCAUAGGCACCUGGGAAGUGAAGUCUUUGGCUCUUCACAAUAAAUCACAGAAUUGCAAGCUGACUUCUGAUGGAAGGAUGGAACCUGUAACCAAGGUGGAGACUUCUACAUGGGUGUGACUUUUUGUUUCCUGUUGUUCAGUAAAUGCUAGCACCAGCAGGAAUGAGAAUCUAUAGAAAAAGGUAGAGUUUCGGGGAAGAGAUAAAAUGGGAAAAAAGAAGGGAGGGAAAAACUGAAAGUUGCUCUGGAACAAUUCAGGGUUAGUUAUGAGCUUCAUUAGAAUUAUAUAUAAGGUGCAUCCAGUUUUGCCAUAAUGUGUGUUUUCAGUCUGAGGUUUGGGUAGAGCACUGCUAGGGGAAUCUCUCUCUGACCACAGGAGCCUGUUGAGAUGAAGUAUGCUGCAAGGGUCACAGGAAAUGACUCAUGCACAUGCAUGUAGUUUUCAGGUGGGUGAGUGCUACAGUAUGACCUUUUUCCGGAAUGGGAGAUUUGGUGAGCCGUCUCAUCGAGUGUUAUUUAGCUAUGUAUAUAUACAUACUGUGUGUGCGGCACAGGGUGUGGUUACAGAAACAUAUAAUGUAACCUUUAAAUUCUGUAACAUUUUGUUAGUAUUUUUUUGGUUGUGUUGGGUUCUGGCUCAAGUUCAUGGGAAGGACAGAGAAAAGUAUUUUGAGCUAAGUUGUCCGGGGUAGGGGAGUGGGAUG